AUGGAGCACCUGGCCAGGGCCCACCAGGGAGGGGGCGGCUCAAAAACCUGUAACACUGCCCUCUUCCCCAAAAGGCUCCAGCUUUCUGUUUCAAGAAACGGCCAGCCAAAGGGCAUUUUUGUGCAGUUCUCGGAGCUUCAGGGUGCCAGGAACUCUGGGCAGCUGGUCCAGGAGCCAGGUCAGGUGUUCCACCGCUGUGCUCCCUUGCAGGCCAUCGGCUGUACCCUCAACUGCACGUGUCCGAGUUUCAAGCCUGGGAAAAUCAACCACCGCCAGUGUGAGCAGUGUCGACACGGCUGGGUGGCCCACGCUCUCAGCAAGCUUCGGCUGCCUGCCCUGGACCCGGCCCGCCAAGUGGAGAUGGUGCAGUCGAAUGUGGUGUUUGACAUCAGCAGCCUGAUGCUGUAUGGGACUCAGGCCAUCCCCGUGCGCCUCAAGAUCCUGCUGGACCGGCUCUUCAGUGUGCUUCAGCACCAUGAGGUCCUGGGCAUCCUGCAUGCGCUUGACUGGACCCUCCAGGACUACAUCCGGGGCUACGUGCUGCAGGAUGCAUCGGGCAAGGUUCUGGACCACUGGAGCAUCAUGACGGGCGAGGAAGAGCUGGCUACCCUGCAGCAGUUCCUGCGCUUUGGGGAGACCAAGCCCAUUGUGGAGCUCAUGGCCAUCCGGGACAAGGAGGAGCCGCCAGUUGUCUUGCCGCCAUCCCCCACCAGCGUGGACAUCAGGGCUUUCAUCGAGAGCACCGGGCCCCGGAACACCAGUCACCCCAAUAGUGUCCACCCCUUUGAAAACCUUCUGAACGGCAUGACAUGGAUGCUGCCUUUCCAGUUCUUUAAUCCGGUGCCACCCGCACUCAUGGAGUCCCUGCCUGAGCACUUCCUGCUGGAGCCCGCACCAGACCCAGCUCGGGAACCCCGUCAGGAGCCGCACACCCCUUAUCCUGAAAGCUGUGACUUUCGGUCCUCCCAGUCCACACCAUGCCAGGAUGAGAAGGAGCCUGGUCUCAGUGGCCCAGACAUCGUGGCCAGUAAGGAGGACACAGGCCGUUCAGGAGAGGCAGAUUCUUUCCCCAGCACUGCGGCUAAGCUGGAGCGGGCACCAACAUCCCCCGAGGCCAAGGGCAAGCCUGAGCGGAACGGGCUAGGUCCCAAGAAGGGCCGCGUGUUCUGCUCAGCCUGCGAGAAGACCUUCUAUGACAAGGGCACGCUCAAGAUCCACUACAACGCUGUGCACCUAAAGAUCAAGCAUCGCUGCACUGUGCAGGGCUGCAACAUGGUCUUCAGCUCCCUGCGGAGCCGUAACCGCCACAGCGCCAACCCCAAUCCGCGCCUGCACAUGCCCAUGAACAGGAACAACCGGGACAAGGACCUCCGUAGUGGCAUCAACCUGGCCAGCUCUGAGAGCCGCAUGCUCCCGGGGCUCACUGCUGCUGCCGCCAAUGACCCCCAGGGCAGACCCACCUUCCCGGGCCUGGCGCCCAGUGGUGUCCUGUUCCCCCACCUCAAGACGGUGCAGCCUGUCCUGCCAUUCUACCGCAGCCCGGCCACCCCUGCAGAGCUGGCCAACACCCCUGGUGGGCUGCCUUCACUGCCCCUGCUGUCAUCUUCAGUCCCUGAGCAGCCAGUGGGCCAAGAAACGUCGUCCGACGUGCUGCCCAAAAAGAAAUCACGCAAGUCCAGCGUCCCCAUCAAAAUCGAGCUGGAGGCAGCCGAGUGUGCCCGGGAGAAACGGUUCAGCUCCGACGAGGACUUGCACCAAUCCCCUGAGGAGCAGUGCCUGCCCACCAGGAGUCUGGGAACACUCCCUUCCCUAGGGGACCAGCCCUGCCCUGGUGACUCAGGGCCUGGGUCCAGUAGAGCACCCAGCCGCUCCGAGAGUGAUGCUGAACCACAGCCAGUGCUGACUGAGACAGAGGUGGGGGGCCAUGAGCUGUACCGGCCCCCCAUGCUGGAGCCCUGCACCCCCUUCCCCAACUAUGUGCAGCUACAGCAGCACCUGCUGGCUGGCGGGCUCCUGGGCGCCCUGUCCCACAGUACCAUGGCAUUCCCGUGCUUUGAAGGCUCUGUGGAGCCCCUGGGGCGGCAGAGCGAGGGGCCCCAUUUCCAGUGCAACAUCUGCAAGAAGAGCUUCAAGAACGCUUGCGGUGUGAGGAUGCACCAAAAGCACAUGCACGCACGGGAACCUCAUGCCUGCACUGUGGCUGGCUGUGAGGCCACAUUCCCAUCCCGCAGGAGCAGAGACAGACACAGUUCAAACCAAAGCCUGCAUCAGAAGGCCUGGAUGCGGGACACCCUUGAGAGUGGCGCUGACCCCUUCCAUGGGCUCUGUCCUCUGAAAAGUGCAUCCCCAGAGGCCCACCAGGAUGUGGUGGCCCCACAGCCGACCUCCCAGACCUCUGUCAUCUUCCAGGGAGCCAAUCGGACGGGCAGCCUGGUGUACCCACUGGAGGGCUCUGGUGAAGGCACCGCCCUGGACCUGAGCACCACCUGGAGCACCAAGUCGGCCAGCAGCCGCUCAUCCUGGGACUCGGAUGGAGUGAGUGAGGAAGGUGCGGCACUCAUGGAGGACAGUGAUGGAGACUGUGAGAGGGUCCCUGCAGAGGACAGCACCCCGCUGUGCGCACUUGUACCCAAGGCCGACCCAGGCCUGGCCAUCACGUGCCACCUGUGCCGGAAGAUGUACAGCAACCAGGGCACUUUCCGGGCCCACUACAAGACCGUCCAUCUCCGCCAGCUGCUCCGCUGCAAGGUUCCUGGCUGUGGCACCAUGUUCUCUUCUGUCCGUAGCCGGAAUCGGCACAGCCAGAACCCCAACCUGCACAGGGGCCUGGCCACCUCCCCAGUGACCAGUCUCCUCCAGUGA